GCAUCAUCGUAGGAAUCUCCUAGCGAGGGGUACUAUUCAGUGUCGUAGCACACCGGGGAAAUACCAACGCAGUUGAACGCUUAGUUCCUAGAAGACAGCAACAUGUCAAACUACUAUCCCCCACCCCCCGGAGCUGGCGGUUCCGCUGGAGGACAGCAUAACUACCCGCCUCCUCCCGGGUCGGCACCCCCCACACAGACUCAGUUCUCGUAUCCCUCACCUCCCGCCACUACCCAAGCUGCCACGAACUACCCUCCUCCACCCCAGGCCGCCGCAGCUCCUACUCCACCGCCAGGGUCGUCGACACCUUCAUACCAGCAGCAGCAACACUAUGCGCCGCCUCCUCAGCAGCAACAACAGUACGCCCCGCCUCCUCAACAGCAAUAUGCCGCUCCCCCGCAGCAACAAUAUGCGGCACCGCCACAGGCAUCUCCUUCGCCCAUGCAGCACGGCGCGUUGCCCCAGCACCUGCGGACUGCCUCAAGCGCAUCGCAAGGCUCCCAGGGCCAGCAACAGUUUGCUGCCCCUCCGUCAUACCCCAAGGAGGAUGACAAAGGGACAUACCCGGCCGAGAAGACACAGCAUCUACAGCAGGCACAGGCACAGUCACAGGCGCAACCGCAGGGACAGGCCCCAGCGAUUGACCCCACUGGCGCGCCCGCCGCCGGUAACUUUGUCGGCGCUACCUCGACGAUAGUCGACGACGUCGGCACGUUCAACGGCGGGAGCUACCGGAUCAGCCAUCGCGACUGCAACUCCAUCCUGACCAUCCAGUUGGCCAUCGGAUGCCCCGUGGAAGCCAGGCCAGGCUCCAUGAUCGCCAUGUCCCCCUCCAUCGUGCUCAAGGGCCACAUGAAGUUCAGCAUGAAGAAGCUCGUCGCGGGCGGCGACAUGAACAGCUCGACCUUCACGGGCCCCGGCGAGCUGCUGCUGGCGCCGCCCAUGCUCGGCGACAUCACCAGCCUGCGGCUGGGCGGGCAGGAGGCGUGGUCGGUCAGCCACGACGGCUUCCUCGCCUGCACGCAGAACGUCAUCAAGGACUACAAGCGCCAGGGCCUCGGCAAGGCCAUGUUCAGCGGCGAGGGCCUGUGGGUGUACAAGAUCUCGGGUACCGGGCUGUUGUGGCUGACUAGCUUUGGGGCUAUCAUUCGGAAGGAUCUCAUGGAUGGUGAAAAGUACAUUGUUGAUAACGGCCAUCUUGUGGCGUGGAACACCAAGUACGUCCUGGAGCGCGUCGCUUCGGGUGGUAUCAUGUCCGGCAUGGCGUCUGGUGAGGGUCUGGUGUGCAAGUUCACUGGCCCGGGGACCGUCUUCAUCCAGACCAGGAAUGCGAAAUCGUUUACCGCGUACAUGACGGGCCAGCAGGCGACUGCGUAGAACGAGUCGAGUUAGUCGUCAACCCUAGGAAGAUAUUCUUCGGUGUGUUUAUUUGGAUCUUUUGGUGUUUCGUAAAGCGGCUGGUAGCUAGUUGGAUAUUUAUUGGCGAGAAUGUUUCUUCACCGUCGAGCUGAGUCCACAUCAUGGGCCCCUACUGA